AUGUUCCGCAAGAAGAAGAAGAAACGUCCGGACAUCUCUGCCCCGCAGAACUUCCAGCACCGCGUGCACACGUCCUUUGAUCCCAAGGAAGGCAAGUUUGUGGGUCUUCCUCCACAAUGGCAGAACAUCCUGGACACCCUGCGGAGACCCAAGCCCGUGGUGGACCCUUCGCGCAUCACGCGGGUCCAGCUGCAGCCCAUGAAGACGGUGGUCCGGGGCAGCACCAUCGAGGUGGAGGGCUACAUCUCUGGGCUGCUCAAUGACAUUCAGAAGCUCUCUGUCAUCAGCUCCAACACGCUUCGGGGCCGGAGCCCCCCCAGCCGGAGGCGAGCCCAGUCUCUGGGGCUCCUGGGGGACGAACGAUGGGGCCCCGACACAGACCUGUACCUUCAGAGUCCCCGGCCCGAGAGGGCCGACUCUUACGGGAUCUACCUCAACUGCAAUGGGGGAGCCAAAGCGGGCCGCGGAGAGAUCUUGUGGCCAGAAUACCCAGCCGAGCAGGCCCAGCCCAACGGACUGGUGAUGAAAGCCCAGUCGCUGGGGCCUGCCGAGUUCCAGGGAGCCGCUCAGCGCUGCCUCCAGCUUACGUCCUGCCUGCCCAGUCCCCCCUUGGGGCCCUCCCCUGGCCUCCCCUUGAGCAGGAGCGGCAAGGCAAGGAGGCACCAUCCAGAGGACCGCAGACCCCAGUCCUGCCUGGUGGGGCCGGCCGUGGGCAGGCCCGGCGGAGAGGGAAGCCCCAGCCCCAAGGCUCAAGAAAGCGGCUUGAAGAACAAGCUUUUCCGUAGCAUGUUCAUCUCGGAAGGUGGUGGCGGAGGCAAGCCAGCCCCUGCUGCAAAGAGCAAGCCCAACUCCCUCUUCCGAUCGCUGCAGAAAGACUCUCCCCCGAACCCCGCGACCAAGGCGCGCUCUUUGUUCUCCGACCCCUCCGUGGGGGACUUCCACACCCGGAUGGUCUCUGAAACCAGCAGCCCCCAGAAGUCCCUCCGGACAGCUCCGGCGGCGGCCCCGCCCCCAGGCCGCCCCUCCCCUGCCGGUUCCCCUCGGACCCGGCACCCACAGACUAGCGCCAGCAACCUGCACCUCCCCCAGGACCCAGCCGCGGCCAAGGCCCUGGCGACAGCGGGAGAGGAGCCGGGCAUAGUGACCCACGAACAGUUCAAGGCGGCCCUCAGGAUGGUGGUGGACCAAGGUGACCCCCGACUGCUGCUGGAGAGCUACGUGAAGAUCGGGGAGGGCUCCACCGGCAUCGUGUGCCUGGCCCGAGAGAAGCACUCGGGCCGCCAGGUGGCCGUCAAGAUGAUGGACUUGAGGAAGCAGCAACGCCGGGAACUGCUCUUCAACGAGGUGGUCAUCAUGAGAGAUUACCAGCAUGUCAACGUGGUGGAGUUAUACAAGAGCUACCUGGUGGGGGAGGAGCUGUGGGUCCUGAUGGAGUUUCUGCAGGGGGGCGCCCUCACCGACAUCGUGUCCCAAGUCAGGCUGAACGAGGAGCAGAUCGCCACUGUGAGUGAAUCUGUGCUGCAAGCCCUGGCUUACCUGCACUCCCAGGGCGUCAUCCACCGAGACAUCAAGAGUGACUCCAUACUCCUGACCCUGGAUGGAAGGGUGAAACUCUCCGACUUUGGAUUCUGCGCCCAGAUCAGCAAAGAUGUUCCCAAAAGGAAGUCCCUGGUUGGAACGCCCUACUGGAUGGCUCCAGAGGUGAUCUCAAGGUCUCCAUACACAACUGAGGUGGAUAUCUGGUCUCUGGGCAUCAUGGUGAUUGAGAUGGUGGAUGGAGAGCCACCAUAUUUCAGCGAUUCUCCAGUGCAAGCUAUGAAGAGGCUCCGGGAUAGCCCCCCACCCAGACUGAAAAACUCUCACAAGGCUUCCCCAGUGCUUCGAGACUUCCUGGAGAGGAUGCUGAUUCGAGAUCCCCUGGAUCGAGCGACUGCCCAGGAGCUGCUAGACCACCCCUUCCUGCUGCAGACGGGGCUGCCCGAGUGUCUGGUGCCUCUGAUUCAGCUCUACCGAAAGCGCACCUCUACCUGCUGAGCCUACCAGCCAAGUCCACCUGCCACCCAAGCCUGGGGACACUGGAUCCAGGGAGUACCAGCAGCCUUUCAGGCAAGGCUAGGAACAGUGCCUGCCUCAUCUCAGUAUUUUUCUCCAAAGACUGAAUGUGAAAUGAUCCCCCAACCCAUCCGGGUCCCAUUGCCCUUUGGUCCAAUGGGCCCACUAGGACUUUCCCCCUUGAUUUCCCUCUCUGCAUCCCAAGAGAGACGCUGGUUACCUUUGGGAUACCUGAGGCAACUCUUGGCAGGAUGAUAUUUGGGGAUUUCUCCGUACUCCAAUAUACAUCCAAUUCUUUGUACAGAACUGUUUCUGAGGAACUCUGAGGACCACAAUAGUCUUAUCCAAGGCCCGCCGGGCUCCAGGGUGAGAGCCAGUUCUUCUCUCAUCUUCAUUCGGGGACUUAAGAACAUUACACCGAACCAUGUGCUUCAGGCCCGCCAGAUAGAAAAUCAGAGGUGUCUCUGGGAGGAGCUUGUUGGGGGAAAGAUUUUAGAAGCAGAAGAUAUAUUUCCCUCCCUUACAUCCAACUUCUUUGGGGUAGGGAGUGGGGAAGGGUAUGGAUAUCUUACCCAAAUCUCUCUUCUGGCUCAGCAUACAUCUUCCCCUACAAUCUGGGUGCUGCUCUGGUUCUGAGCCAGAAACUGAAUCAAUCUUCAGCUUGAAAACAGAAACUAUUUUCAGUAGGAAACUGUCUCAGGAGAGAAUGUCCUCUGGGACAAAGGGAUGAUUCCCUCUAAGAGUUAGAGGAAGCAAUCAGGAAGCCUUUGGCUCUGGUUAGAUCCCAAAGCCAGGAUCAAUAAGUCCAGCCCCAUCCUCAUUCCCAGAUAACUUGGUUGAGGGAUUUCUUCCUCUUUGCCGGCCCGGUUUCUAAGACCAAGAUAGGUUCCUGGCACGUCUGCAUUUCAGCCUAGGGGAGGUAAGGUGAACCAACCUUUGGGAUCCUUUCAAAAGUGGGUCCUUCCAUUUCUGGAGGACCCUUGGACUUCAGAAGGUCAGAAACAAGAGGUGUCAGAAAGCAAAGGUCGGGUCAUUGGAUUUCACAAAUGGAACCCCUUGCUCCACUCCACCAGGGAGCCAAACCAUCAGGGUUCAACUCUCCACUGGAAGUAUCAGUGGAGGCCUGAGGAAGCUGAAUUGGCCUUCAAGGUCUCAUUUGGACAUUUUGUGAAGACCGUUCCAGGGAUGAGGCUCUCAGAACAAUUUACUUCUGUUUCCUUAAGCCUUUCGAUUUAAUUCAACAAAUACCAAUGGAGCAACACUUACGUGAGAGCACAGUACCAGGGUAGGAGCUCCUUCCCCUCUCCAUCAUCAGGGCUAUUGAAGAGAGGGAUCUCCAAGAAACAGUUUUCUCUGCUCUACUCCCCAACCAGAAGGGAUUUUCGGAUCCCAAUGUUUCCCUAUAACCUGAUUUGGGGCAAAAAUGAGAGUCUUUUUUUUUUUUUUAAGAUCAGAAUUGGAAACUGAUCAUCCUUCCUAGAGAACUUUUGUGAAUUGUUUGCACUUGUUUCCUGUUUUAAAUUAAAAUGGGUGUUCUUAAAUUCAAA